AUGUCUUUCGGCCUCCUUCGCAUCCUUGGCUAUUUCCUAGUAUUCUCAGCUGUGCUUGCUCAGUUGACAGGUAACGUUGGCCCGACCACGUCAACUGCUGACAAACAAGCAACGAUGUGCAAUGUGCUUGAUUAUGGUGGUGAAAUCGGUUCGGAUGACAUCGGGCCUGCAAUUGGCAAAGCCUUUUCAGAUUGUGUUCUCCAGAAGUCUGGUUCGACUCUUUACGUUCCCGAGGGGAACUACAGUAUGCAAACCUGGCAAAACUUGAGUGGUGGGACAAAAUGGGCAUUUCAAAUGGAUGGCAUUAUUACUCGUACUAGCACAACCACGGGAAACAUGAUUGCUAUCACGGAUGCGGAUGACUUUGAGUUCUUCUCUAGCAACAGUGCUGGUGCAAUUCAAGGCCUUGGCUACCAAUGCCGAAAUGCAGGUCCUCGCCUCAUCCGCAUUGUCACCUCGACGAACUUCUCAGUGCACGACGUCAUACUGGUUGACUCGCCCGAAUUUCACCUCGUUAUCCAGGAAGGUUCUAAUGGUGAAAUUUACAACUUAGCGAUUCGUGGAGCCGACAUUGGUGGCAGCGACGGCGUAGAUGUCUGGGGUACGAACCAUUGGAUUCACGACGUCGAGGUGACGAAUCGCGAUGAGUGUGUCACUGUGAAGUCACCAUCGACAAAUAUCCUCGUUGAGCAGAUCUGGUGCAACCAGUCUGGUGGAAGCGCUAUUGGGUCUCUUGGUGCUGAUACAACUAUUGAGAACAUCCUCUAUCGGAACGUAUACACGAACGGUGGUAAUCAGAUCUUCCUUAUUAAGUCGUGGGGAGGCUCUGGCUACCUGAAGAAUGUGUACCUACAGAACUUUCUCUCCCUUAAUACCGCCUAUGGACUUGACAUUGACCAGUACUGGUCCGGGCAGUCGCAGGCAGACGGAGAUGGCGUGCAGCUCAGUAACAUCACGUUCGAUGCAGGUAUCGUUGACGGGGUAGAACGCCCACCAAUCCAGUUCAUCUGUUCCAACUCUGUACCAUGCUAUGAUAUGACGCUCGAAGACGUUGCAUUGUGGUCUAAUACAGAUGAAGCCGUCGACAAGUGCCAGAGUGCAUUUGGCACCGGAUCGUGUCUCAAAUCCGGCACUGUUGACAACUACGAUGUUAUAACAACGACGGUGUCGGAGCCAGCGGGUUUCACGUCCCCACCCACCUUGUCUGGAGACUUGUCCGAAGGAUUUGCCACGGAUUCGUCGAUUCCAAUUCCGACUAUUCCGUCAACGUACUAUCCCGGUCUGCCACAAAUUUCUCCGCUUGCGAAGAACCUUUAACUCUCAUCACCUUCACGGUGUGGCCGGGAUUAAUACAAAUUAAAGAUCCGCUCGCUGGCUUUGGUCAGCUUAUUGUCGUUCAGAGAUCGUGGAAGUACAAAAUUUCUCUGCUUUCUUCUGAUGUCAAUACACUAAAUACCAUGUCAUUGAGCGGCAAUAAAUCAUAUGCUAUCG